ACAGAGCUUAACUGAAGUGAAACAGGGAGAGAGAGAACCAGGCUCAUUCAAUUUCUGCCUGUCUGCCAUCCGGUUAACUACUGUACUGUCCUGUCUGAGGUUCUGUGAUCUGGUUUUUCUUUCAGGUUGAUCAGUGGGACCACGUCUUGGAAGCCUCUCAUCUUGGACAUUUGAAAUUUGGGAUUGUCAGCUGUUGAUCAAAAUCUCAACUACAUCUGAAUUGCUGCAGGUAACCUGCUUUGCACUCGCACAACUCUACAACUUUGGCCUGUGGUUUGGAAGAUGCUAAUAGCUUAUGCAAAUUGGAUACAAAUCUAACUGAGGACUCACAUAUCCAGCGCUUAUUAUUUUUUUUGAUUUUGUAGUCUUUUAAACUUUGUGGAAGAGUUUGAAUCCAAAGUAUAACCUGGUGUAUGAGCAAAAAGCUGUGACUGUGAAGUGGUCUCAGGUGAAGGGGGCGAGACAACAAUCAGGUGUUUUUUGGAAGGGUGAGUAGGGCUCAAACAGAGCCACGGUGGAGGACCACCUGCUGGAUUUCGCUGAUAUGGACGUGCACGGGUAUGACCGCUAUGCAGAUGGGGAUAGGGACAGCUACCAGAUUGAUUACCGGCGUAUCGUGGGGGACAUGGAGCCGGCCAGGCCACAGAUGACAUUACGAGACUCAGAUCAUCACUUUUAUGGCCCGUUUACCCAUAAUACACUGCAUGGGCAUGGGCAUGGGCACGAGACAGCUGCCCAGCGCUACAGUGCCACCCGGAUACAGGCAGGAUAUGAACCAGAAAGCAUGGCUGAUUACCUUAUCAGUGGGGGAACUGGGUAUGUUCCAGAGGAUGGGCUCACUGCCCAGCAGCUCUUUGCCAUCGGUGAUGGUCUCACAUACAAUGAUUUCCUGAUACUGCCUGGCUUCAUUGACUUCACAUCCGAUGAAGUGGAUUUGACAUCUGCCCUGACCCGGAAAAUAACCCUGAAGACGCCACUCAUUUCAUCUCCCAUGGACACAGUCACAGAGUCCUCCAUGGCCAUCGCUAUGGCUCUCAUGGGUGGAAUAGGAAUUAUUCAUCACAACUGCACACCUGAGUUCCAGGCCAAUGAGGUCCGGAAAGUGAAGAAAUUUGAGCAAGGCUUCAUUACGGACCCUGUAGUGAUGAGUCCACGGCACACGGUCGGCGAUGUGUUUGAAGCAAAGGUACGGCACGGUUUCUCCGGCAUCCCUGUCACAGAAACUGGCAAGAUGGGAAGCAAGCUGGUGGGCAUCAUUACGUCACGAGACAUUGACUUCCUGUCAGAGAAAGAUUACGACAGGCCGCUGGAAGAGGCAAUGACAAAACGAGAAGAUUUAGUGGUUGCUCCAGCAGGUGUAACAUUAAAAGAGGCAAAUGACAUCUUACAGCGCAGUAAAAAAGGUAAACUGCCUAUAGUGAAUGACAGCGAUGAGCUUGUAGCUAUAAUAGCUCGUACUGAUCUGAAGAAGAACAGAGACUAUCCUCUAGCCUCCAAAGACUCUCGUAAACAGCUGCUGUGUGGCGCUGCCAUUGGCACCCGUGAGGACGACAAGUACCGGCUAGACCUGCUCAUGCAGGCCGGAGUGGACGUGAUAGUUCUGGACUCUUCUCAGGGGAACUCAGUGUUUCAGAUCAGUAUGAUCAACUACAUCAAACAGAAAUACCCCGAACUACAAGUGGUGGGAGGAAACGUGGUGACUGCUGCUCAAGCAAAGAAUCUUAUAGAUGCCGGUGUUGAUGCUUUACGAGUGGGCAUGGGCUGUGGCUCCAUCUGCAUCACACAGGAAGUGAUGGCAUGUGGGAGACCGCAGGGCACGUCUGUGUAUAAGGUGGCUGAAUACGCCCGGCGUUUUGGGGUUCCGGUCAUUGCAGAUGGUGGCAUCCAGACGGUUGGGCACGUUGUCAAAGCCCUUGCUCUGGGAGCAUCCACAGUGAUGAUGGGGUCAUUGUUAGCUGCAACCACAGAAGCGCCCGGUGAGUAUUUUUUCUCAGACGGCGUACGACUGAAGAAGUACCGAGGCAUGGGCUCUUUGGACGCCAUGGAGAAAAGCAACAGCAGUCAGAAACGUUACUUUAGUGAAGGUGAUAAAGUGAAGGUGGCUCAGGGAGUCUCUGGCUCAGUUCAGGACAAAGGCUCCAUACACAAAUUUGUUCCAUACCUCAUCGCUGGAAUUCAACAUGGCUGUCAGGAUAUCGGUGCAAAGAGCUUGUCCAUUCUGCGAUCGAUGAUGUACUCUGGAGAGCUGAAGUUUGAGAAGAGGACCAUGUCUGCUCAGGUUGAGGGUGGAGUUCAUGGACUGCAUUCAUAUUCUUUUGUGCCAUUUACGAGAAGCGGUUAUAUUGAACAGGGCAGCAGGGGGCACACAAGAGCUGGACCCAAUGUCCCGUCACCAGCCAGCCGUCACUAAACACAGCAGCUAAAAGUGAUUUCUGCUAUCCUCAACCCCUUGAUACUUUUUCAUGGGGUGUAUCUCAGAAAGCAAGGUUAACUUACCAUCACAUAUACCCUGAACUCUCAGUUGAUUAACUCAAACAGAUGAAUCAACAAGUCACAAGACGCUUCUUCUUUUGAUCAGUGGUUAUUUACAUAUCUGAUGGCAGUGCAAUCAUUUUUCUAUUUUUUUUUUAAUCAUUUAAUCACUGAGAAUAAGAAUUCAAUUGUUUGUGUGAUGCUAAUUAUAUAAGAAAUAUCACAUGUAUUUUUAUUAUAGAAAUACACAUUUAAUAUAGAUUAAACAUUAAAAAUGAAAAAAAAAAAAAAAAAAAAACCUGUCUGAUUGUAAUACAAGCCAGUACUGAAUGUACUAUGGACUUUGUUUUGAGAUAUAUAUAAUUUUUUUUUUUGGGCUUCCUUGUAAUAAAUUAGACUAGGUACUAGAGAAAUUAUUUUCAAAAUCCUAUGAAUGUAAUAGCAAUAAUACUUUGUGACCGUCAUGUUAUAUAUGAGGAAAUCAAGUGCUUACCACUUUGCCAUUAGAGUGUUACCAGUUAAAUUUGAAAAAUAAAAAAUGCAUUUGUUUUA